ACUGCGAGCAGAGAAGAGAACCGACUUAACUAUCUACUCUUGGGAUUUUGUUUCCCAGGGAUGGCCGCAUCUAUUCUGGAGGAGGAAGCUCGCUAUGGUUCCAGUCCUCUUGCUAUGCUAACCGCUACCUGCAACAAGUUUGGCAGCACCAGCCCGGUGAGGGACUCAGCCACCCCGGGCAAGGCCGGUCCCGGCAGCUCCGCUCCAGUCAAGAAGCAGUACACCAUGAGCUCAGAGCUCCAGGGACAGAGAAACAGCAGAGGAGGAGGAGAGAGCAUGGAGAACUCCUACACUGGUUCCUUCAGCUCAGCGGGUGGGUUACUCACACCCACUGGCAGCCCUCCUCCAUCCUCUGGGGGGUAUACGUCCGAGUACAACCCCUUCUCCCACUCUUUCCAGACCUCCAUGUCCCAGGGCCAGGACCAGUCCCUGCUGGUGUCCAAGGCCCACGCCACGGCCGACUGUCUGACCAGCGUCUACACUUCCCUGGACAUGACUCACCCCUACGGCUCCUGGUACAAGGCAGGCAUCCACCCCGGCAUCACCGCCGCCCCCUCCAACACCACGUCCUCCUGGUGGGACGUCCACCCAAAUACCAACUGGCUAAGUGCUGCCCAGCCCCAGUCCGACGGCCUCCAGGGCUCCCUCCAACCCGUCCCUCCCCAAGCCUCCCUCAGCCCCCAGCUGCCCAGCUACACCACUGACUUCACCUCUCUGAACCCAGCUCAGUACCCCUCGGUGGGCCUGGGGUCCACAUCACACCUCCUCCAGUCCUCCCAGCACAUGCUGCCUCAGGACAUGUACAAGCCCAAGCCAGUGUCUGGCGGGGGGCUGAUGGAGAAUCAGAUGGGCCUGAAGCCUGCUGGUGGAUCACGGGGUUACGGUGGGGGAACCACCACUGGCCGGUCCAACUGUGACUGUCCCAACUGCCAGGAGCUGGAGCGGCUUGGAGCCUCGGCUGCAUCCCUGAGGAAGAAGCCCGUUCAUAGCUGCCACAUCCCGGGCUGUGGGAAGGUCUAUGGUAAAGCCUCGCAUCUCAAGGCCCACCUCCGCUGGCACACUGGGGAGAGACCUUUCGUCUGCAACUGGCUGUUCUGCGGGAAACGUUUCACACGUUCCGACGAGCUGGAGAGGCACGUCCGCACGCACACCCGGGAGAAGAAGUUCACCUGCCUGCUGUGUAACAAGAGAUUCACCCGCAGCGACCACCUCAGCAAGCACCAGAAGACCCACGCAGAGUCUGCCCUGCAGCAGGCCAAGACCGGGGAGGGAGAGGCCCAGGACCCCAGGAACAACGAGGAGACGGCAGACCCCAAUAACCUCAACACGGCCGUGCAGAAUAACAACGUCCCUAGUGAGACGACUACCAACGGAGAGGAGAAGACUGGCUCAGCCAACGGGGUAGAGACCAGCAGUGGACUGCUGGAGAUUUAACUUCAGCGUAUGUUGUGGUCUUAUAGAGAUGUUUUGUUCAGUUAGUGUGGCACCGUUGUGGUGCAAAGUUUACUAUAUAUCUAAAAACAAACAGCAUUAUUUAGUCUUUGUACAUGCUGCCCACGCGUUUGACAUUAAUUGUCAAAGGAUGCAUUUGACAUAGUUUGUAAUGACUUUCAAGAUAACUGGCCAGGCUGGUCGAGAAAUACCCAUUCUGUGGACUUACACACACACACACACACACACACACACACACACACACACACACACACACACACACACACACACACACACACACACACACACACACACACACACACACACACACACACACCCACACACACACACACACACACACACACACACACACACACACACACACACACACACCCACCCACCCACACACACACCACACACACACACACACACACACACACACACACACACACACACACACACACACACACACACACACACACACACACACACACACACACACACACACACACGCACACACGCACACACGCACACACGCACACACACAACACACCUCACACACUAUUUCUUAAUUUUCAGUAAAACAAACCACUAAAUUCAAUCUGUAAGAUCAGAGGGGGGAAAAACAAGAAGAAAAUGUGUGUAUCUAGUAUGAGGGACGUAAUGGAGCAUUGCUUUGCUAUGGUACAUUAUUGGCUCAGUAAGAACCAGUCUCUGAUAUUGGGUACGUCUUGUUUUGGGAUUUGAGUCUGUGCUCUUCCUAUCAUGUCUUAUUUAAUUUUUAGAUAUACACAAAUAAUCUAAUUUAUGUUUUAAAUUAUAAGCAUUAAAGAUUAUCGUGCAUUUUUCAGGCAGUGCAUUGUUGGAUAAUAAUGGCGAGAUAAAGCCAUUGAUAAUUUAGUAAAUUAAGAUUCUUUUUUUUCUCUUUUAUUUAUUGAUUAUAACCACGGUGAUGUUGUUGGUGCUAUCGUGUUUGAAGAUGUAUUUAUAGAUCUUGAAAUGAAUUGUUUCUUGCUAUUUUCUACAUAACUAUUCUAUUGUGAAGUCUGCACACCUGCCACGUUGACAGUGAUGAAGACGUUCUCCUUCAGGUACUUUAUUGCUGUAAUGUCAGGUGUGUUAUUUUUCUGACCUUUCUCUAGUUUGUCGAUAAACUUUUUUUUCCAACUGUAAUGAAAAUGACACUUACAACAAUAACAUUAAGAAACACCGAUUAAAGUACGGCAGAAAUCAGAUGGUAUAUGUUCACGUCUUCAAAGAAAGUCCAAAGUUUAUCACAGCAAUGCAUGAUGGAUAUUUAGGAUAAUAAACUCCUGAUAUUUUGUGAUUGAACUUCAUGAAGAAUAUUAGUUGGAACGUUUGCAGGAUGUGGAAUGAGCUAACUAAGGAACCCGUAAUUCAGCAUGAGCUUGGUAUAGGAGUAUGUCUUCAGUGUUGUGACAUGGAA